AUGGCCGACGAAAUCCUUCCAGAAAGAAUGUUCGCCGCCGGCGAAGAACCAGUCGGAGAACGGGUCAACUCGUACAUCAAGACCAAAAGAACCGAGUUGCUUAUCUCCGCCCUAGAAACAGAGGAGUUAGCGUUUCUUCGUCAAUCUACUUUCGGCAAGAUUCUUGCUAUCGAGGACACUCCUCCAUUCUCUGGUGCGUUUUGUCAAUAUAUGAUCGUCCGGAUACUCAAAGUCAACAAACAGUACGAGGUCUGGUUUCUGUUUGCGGGGCACCCUGUCAGAAUGUCUUUACGCGAGUUCGCUAUCGUCACAGGGUUAAAUUGUGGGCAGUUACCCGAACCCACAAGGAGGAAACGUAACCCUUUGAAGGAAAAACUCUACUGGAACGAACUUCUUGGGUCUUUGAAGUUUUGUACAGUCGAUACAGCCAUCGAAAUGUUGAAGAUGAAGCUUGUGAAGGGCAAAGAAGCGAGGAUUAAGUUAGCCUGUCUUGUCAUCACAUCUUCUCUUCUUUUUCCUUCUUCGCACACUCCUAAAAUUAUCCCGGAACAUGUAGAAAUGAUUCGUGAUCUCGACGAGUUUCUUGCAUUCCCUUGGGGGAGAGCUGCGUUCCAAACGCUUGCGAACUCUCUCAUUUCUAAGGACGAAGUGAAUUUGGCUAAAACCUCUGUCGCACUCCGCGGUUAUGUUGAUGCAAUUCAGCAUGUACUUUUGGCUGCUGUCCCUCAGCUGAAAGAAGAAAUCACUGUGUCGGACCCGAUUGUCAUUGUUGAUUCCGACAGCGAAUGCGAGACCACCGAUGAAGAAGCCGCGCAGAAACCUCCCUCCAAUGCUGCUAAGUACUGUCUUAUUCCUGGGCACGCCAAGAACGCAGACGUCGAAUGCCAGGUACCUGUUAAGUGUAUUCUCGAUGACCCGUACGAAGGAUGGUCAGCUGGUAAAGAUUUCACUUGGGCCGAUGAAUUGAUAGACACCGCCGUAGACAACAUGGUCCGAUUGAUUACCAACGGUUUUCCUUUCCGUAAAGAUAUGUUUAAAGGUGGUAUGACCGCUAAGGAGCUUGCACGUCUGCGAGGCGGGGAGAAACUCAAGGACAAAGAACGAAGCGAUAAAAACGAGAACGAUUCCCCUGGGGAGGCAUCACGAAGCGAGAAUUGUGAUACUUCAAGCCAUGGUUUCUUUUUCGAGGAAAUCUCUGCACUGGAGAAGCGUAUUUACAAAGCAAUAGAAGACAAGUUUGAGAAACUUGGCGCCUCGACCAUCCUAUCACAGCAGCUCGCUUUCGAGGACUUAGAUAAAAGGAUCGCUGACUCCCUGGUCUGCCAAAUGAAGAUAAUGGAAGGGUCUAUUAUCAACAGUCUAUCACAAGUCAUUAGGCAGCCCAGCUCCAGCCGUGACGUCCCUGUUGAGGAAAUGGGUUUCCCAAAGUCUUCGCUGCCAGAUUCACCGACUGACAAAAGCAAGCUAUCAGAAGAACAACAUCAGAAGCCCGAUUCUGCCGCUGGGAAAUUCAGUAUGCCAAGUAUACCGGACAAUAGCACACCAUCUGAGGCUGCUGAAAUCCGCAUCAGGUCAGUGCUUAGCGAUCUUGACAUCGGGCCUGAUCAUAGCUCUCUCCCUGGGAAGACAGAUGUUCACAUCCCUAUGCAAACUUUUGAGGCUGUAAGUCCUGUCCGCGAUGGGAAUCUUGAAACUGAACCGGUAAAGGAACCAGUAGCAGCUAACAUGUCUACAGAUCAGGCAACCUCAUCUGUUGUUUCGACAAUGCCCCCUGCUCAGCACAUUGACGAACCGGCUGAGCAUAAUCUCGUGCCUGAACAGGUUAACUCUGACGACGUCUCACUCCAGUCUCAUGCGGUGGAAGACGAUCAAAACCCUGGUCAGCACAACGAGGAACCGGCUGACCCCAAUAUCCUCCCUGAACAGGUUAACUCCGAAGAAGUCUCGCUCCAGUCUGAAGAGGUUGAAGACGAAGAAAACCCUGCACAGCCAAUCGAAGAACAGAUGCACAUACCUAUUAAUCUACUCGAAAUGCCGUCUUUCUCACUGGGGCUCUCGCAGGAGGAGGGUCCUUCUCAACCAUCUAAGGAACAGGAGGAGGAAGUCAUUGAGCAGCGAAAGAGCAAAAGGCCUAGGCUGGUACCUGCUGGCCUCCAAGACUACAAGUGUGAUCCGAAAUUAACUGCCGCUUUUUACAUAAUCCCAGACCUUGAACAACGUUACAAGCAAAUGGAGGAGACGGUGGCAAAGCAAACGUGUGUAAUUCUCCCAAACGGCUACACCGCUACCUCCUACGAGUUCCGUGAUAUUGGACAUCGCAGAAUCCUACAACCUCCGGGGGUUGUUGACGCCUUGGUUGGCUUUGUUUCUCGUUGCCAAGCGUACGGUAAUAAGGUUGCUAUAUACGACAGCAAUCUCCCCGCAGCCUUAAUGAAACACCACUCUCGCUUCGUCAAGACUUCAGUAAAAGACCGUGUGAAGCUGAAGUUUGCUUUUGCCACCUUGGAGAAACCUAAGGAGUCCUCGAUAGAGCGAAUAUAUUUCCCAUUCAACAUCGACAGACUACACUGGGUUGGAGUUUGCAUUGACACAAAAGCAUCAACGCUUCAUGUUCUGGACUGCAAUUCUUCCCUCCGAAGCGACUGCUUGCUGAAGAAAGAUCUUUACCCGAUUGCGAACUUGAUGCCUUAUGUCCUCAAGGACCUCGGCUCACUGGAAACGAACGUCGCGUCGAAGUCAUUCACAGUGUCCAGGUGCAAGGGAAUCCCGCAAUCAACUAGUCAGGCGGAUGCCGCAGUCAUGACUGUACUGUUGAUUGAAGCUCAUGCAGCGUCUGGUCUGGAUGGGUGCAAGGCUAUUACUCCUCGUCUGCUUCCAGAUGCAUCCAAGCAAUUGGCCGUUAGAUUCUUCGAGUCCCUAUCUGCUUAA